AGAAUUGUUUAACGUAGCUGUAUAUUGUUCAAUUGCAUAUGUAAGGGCUUAUGUCAGAUUGUAGAUCACGUGAUUAAAGAUUUUAUGCUCGACUGUAGAAGGUUGUUCGAGCAUCCGCAAAGACCACAGUCAGUGAUUGAUCUGUUGCAUUUGCAGCUUUCAGGCGUGUGCUUUGUGUUUUCAGAGAAGAAGAUAUUCGAGGAAUCUGAAGACGAACAAGGACUCAAAAAAGAGCGAGUUUUAGUGAAGGAUAUCCCGGAAGGAAGGUCAGGCUGUGCACGCACUAGAUGUUCUCCGAUCUUCUGGCGCAAGCGACUGCCUCUCCGAAAGCCGGGUCGUCGUCGUUGAAAGGAAAGCAGCAGACGGAUGGUAAUGGGUUGACUGCGAGGUCUGCUGGCGCGAGCAGGAGUACUACAGGAGCGAAGACUGCGGCAGGUCAGAAACCUUUGGGUGACAGUAGUCGAAAUGUGGCGGGUCAAGCAACGACAGCGGCAGGAGCAGGGAAGAGUUCGAGCUCGUCUACGCUGAGCAAAGAUAGGGCGAAUAAGAUCGCGAUGCUGGAGAAGCUGAAAGCGCAGAGAGGUGGAGGUUCGGCCGGAUCGAGUGGGAGCAGUAGCGGUAGCGGUAGCGGUAGCAGUGCUAAAGUAGCUGCCAGUUCUUCGUCGUCCAGCAGCAAGCCGAGUGCAAGUAGUUCGACAGCCGCUGCGCCGGCUCGCAAGAAGCCGAACUUCCUGGACAUAUUGAAAGCAGCGGAAACUGUGAGCUCGGAAAAGAUGAAGGUUGGCGUGAAAGUGAAAGAUCCAAAGAAGAAAGCAGCGACUACGUCGAGGUUCUCCGGCAAGCUUGGACGGUCGUCGCAGUCGCCUGCGCCAGCACCGGCACCAGCAACGAGCAGAUCAACAAACUCGCCUGUGAAACCCGCACGGGAUGCAAAGACAGUUUCUUCUGAGCGGAAAGCUGUGAGCGGUGGAGCUCGCGAGAAUGUAAAGAGCUCGAAGCCGAUGAAACUAGAUAGGAAAGAUGUCAAGAUGAGCGGCAAGUCUGCGGUGAAAGCAGGCGUCAGAGAAAAGCCCGAGUCGGCGGCGUCUGCGAGCAAGCACCAGCCCGCUCCGUUUGCUAAGCCGAUGGCCGGGUUACUGAAGAAGCGGAAGGCGCACUAUGACUCUGAUUCGUCGCUGGAUGAUUUUAUUGUCGACGACGAAGAUGAAGAGGAGGAGGAGCGGGGGUACUCCAAACGGCGGGGGGAUCCGGGCUACGACCGCGAGGAGAUCUGGAGUCUUUUCAGUCGAGGGCGGCCGCGGCCUAGGUUUAAUGACUAUGAUGAGGAUGAUGAUGACAUGGAGGUUUCGGGAUUAGAGGUGCUGAAGGAGGAGCAGCGCAGUGCGUUGGCGGCGAAGAGAGAUGAUGAGAGAGAGGCGGAGGAGGAGAGAAGGAGAGCGGAGGAGAAGCGGAAGAGACUGAAGCGCGCAUGAGGGAGAUUUAGUCUGGGAAGGCGUUCUGGAUGUCAUUAGUGCUGUAAUUAUUGUUAUUGUCUGUUGUUAUAUGUUAUGCUGUUAAUCUUGUAUUGUUGCCAUUGUUUCCUGAUGUCAUCUCGUCUAAGCGAUGACGCGAUUACGCGUGCGGCGCCUCAUCGCGGCUUUGCACGCAUUCGUCCAUAAUUGCGUCAGGGAUCCUCUUCACACC